CCGGCGCACCCGCAAAGCCCCAGUGCGCUCCCAGGGCCCGGCCCGUCCAGCGCCCGCGCUCUCUGGGCGGACCCCGGCCUGCGCGCCCCAGCCGGCGAUGGCUCCACUUGGAUACUUCUUGGUGCUCUGCAGCCUGAGGCCGGCGCUGGGCAGUUACCCGAUCUGGUGGUCCCUGGCUGUUGGGCCGCAGUUCUCCAUGCUGGGCAGCCACCCGGUGCUCUGCGCCAGCAUCCCGGGCCUGGUGCCCAAGCAGCUGCGCUUCUGCCGGAACUACGUGGACAUCAUGCCCGGCGUGGCCGAGGGAGUGAAGGUGGGCAUCCAAGAGUGCCAGCACCAGUUCCGGGGCCGCCGCUGGAACUGCACCACCGUCAACGACAGCCUCGCCAUCUUUGGGCCGGUGCUUGACAGAGCCACCCGGGAGUCCGCCUUUGUUCAUGCCAUUGCCUCAGCCGGUGUGGCCUUUGCCGUGACCCGCUCCUGUGCGGAGGGCUCGGCUGCCAUCUGCGGCUGUAGCACCCGCCACCAGGGCACACCAGGUGAGGGCUGGAAGUGGGGCGGUUGCAGCGAGGACAUCGAGUUCGGCGGGAUGGUGUCCCGAGAAUUUGCAGAUGCCCGGGAGAACCGGCCAGAUGCCCGCUCAGCCAUGAACCGCCACAACAAUGAGGCAGGGCGCCAGGCGGUGGCGAGCCACACGCACCUCAAGUGCAAGUGCCACGGGCUGUCGGGCAGCUGCGAGGUGAAGACCUGCUGGUGGUCGCAGCCUGACUUCCGCGCCGUGGGCGACUUCCUGAAGGACAAGUACGACAGCGCGUCGGAGAUGGUGGUGGAGAAGCACCGCGAGUCGCGCGGCUGGGUGGAGACGCUGCGGCCGCGCUACACCUACUUCAAGGCGCCCACCGAACGCGACCUGGUCUACUACGAGGCCUCGCCCAACUUCUGCGAGCCGGACCCCGAGACCGGCUCCUUCGGCACGCGCGACCGCACCUGCAACGUGAGCUCGCACGGCAUCGACGGCUGCGACCUGCUGUGCUGCGGCCGCGGGCACAACGCGCGCACCGAGCGGCGCCGCGAGAAGUGCCACUGCGUGUUCCACUGGUGCUGCUACGUGCGCUGCCAGGAGUGUACGCGCGUCUACGACGUGCACACCUGCAAGUAGGGCCACAGCUGCGUGAGGCGGCGGGUGCAGCCUGCACGGCGGGGCUCCACGUGCGGGUUUGGGCCCGGAACCCGGCGGUUAGGUUCCAUCCGCCCGCACCUAGCACAGCAAGGUUUCCUGGAGGAGCCAGCGGCGCACGGACUCCUCAGGCUCCCCAGGCACCAUGCCUGUAGACCGGGCGCCCCUCUCCGAGGCCUGUGCAUCCCUCCGCCUGGGAGUUCCCACCUUUCCGACCAGGACCCUCUCGAAGAAAACCUGCAGCCCCCACACGCGCCCCAGCACGGAGCUCGGUUCGGGAGAAGGGCGCUGCCCCUGCCCUGCGCCCCACACGGGGCGGCUCCUGGGAACGCGCCUCAGUCCUGCCCAGCUGUCCCAGGUCGGCUGGUGGCCCUGCUGGCCUCCUUUUGGAAGGAGUUUCCUGUUGGAAACUCAGGCCUCCGUGCAGUCAUGCUGCGGACAGAGGCCCUGAGGCCCACAGGCCCAGGACAGGCCCAGGACUUGCCGCCACCACUGAGGAGGCCUGGAGCUUCUGGUGAGCCGGCAAGUGAGUGGCAAGCCCCACCCCGUCCCCCACCCCCGCCAGGAGCGCUCUGCUUGGCCCUGCCGCUGUGAAUCUUCCCCUCCCGGCAAGGAGGGGACUGGCCAGAGUGGGUCCCUGAAAGUGCCCAGAGGACACACGUGACCAUUCUUCCCUGGCAUUUCACUUUGGGGUUUUGUUUCCGAUGCUGCUAUAUCUACCAUCCACUGGAGUUAGACGUAUUGUUUCAUUUUGAUUUUUUCUUUUCUUUUCUUUCUAUGAAAGAAAUUAUUUUAGUGAUAGCACAUGAGUUUCAAAUUAUGGGGAAAGUUGAAGAAAAAACAACCCAAUAAGCCUGUGGUUUGUGCUGGAGUUUUCCUUUUUAUUUUGCCUAUGUUAUUUUUUAUUAACAUGCAUUGAUUGUACAUAUUAA